GGAACUUCGUGUACACCUUCGAACUCACACCGGUGACAAACCCUUCGAGUGUACUGUGUCAUCAAAAUCUUAGCCGCCGGAGAGCCAUGGAGAGCCGCUGGACCCUCGUCGCCCUCACGGCCGCCGCCAUCAUGGUGCUGCUCGUCACAGUGGUGCCGACGGCGAGCGGACUCAAGUGCUUCCAGUGCGGCUUCUACACGGACGGCGUGGGCUCCAUCACGCCCUGCAUCAACCACACGGUGGAGCUGCACCUCAAAGAGUGUCCCAAGGAGAAGAGCAAAAGCUGUCUGAAAUAUGUCAGCGAGGGCAUAACAGUGUUAGCGUGCUCUGAUGACUGCGUUGAGAAAGAGUCAUCAUGGGGCGGCUACCACUACUGCUGCAAGACGGACGCGUGCAACAGCGCCUCUGCGCGUGACGUGGUCCCCGCCCUGCUGGCGUCCGUGGGGGUGCUGUGGGGCUGGAGGAUGCUGUUCUAAAGCACCACGACGACCAGCACGAUUCGGACUGCCCACAGUCCCGUGUGGGGAUUCCCAACAGUCAAUCGAUAAUCAUUGAAAAAAUCGUAUGGUACACAUCAUUUUCUUGUCGGCGCGAUAUAUGUGUAACAAAAUCUGUCCUGACUGCACUUUACACGACCAAAUCUCGUCGAACGCAUAACAACCUUAUUAUGCAGCGGGCUUGUACGUCAAGAAGCGGAAAGUGCGCAAGCCCACAAAGCUAAAUUCUAAAUUUUUUAAACUCAACUUCUUUUAUUCUUAUUUUUGCUCUCUAUUGUAUAAAGUUCGCUCGUCUAUAAUAGAGCUUGUCAACGCAAACGGUGGGGAGUCCUGCCAUGUUGAGGUCCACGUACCGCUGAGGUCCCUCAGACCCCGCACCCUGACAGGACCAGAAAACGAACCGACCAAGACUUUUGAAAACGAAACAAGGAAUUAAAAAAACAAGAUUAGACUUGCGGUCAGUCGGUUACACUGCCACACGAACGUAGAGCUUCGUCUUCUCUUUCGGGGAUGGCGUGGGAAAAUGGAGGCAAGUUUCGAUCGCCAUUUGCUUGGCAUUCUAGGACAAUAGUGCUCAACAAAACUUUACAGAUGCCCGACGGAAAGAAAGAUGUGUUAGCGAGCCGGAGUGCAAAUUAUAGCCUCAGAGCGGCCCGUGUAUACACAUCAAUUUCAUGAAAGGUGCAAACACAAGAUGCAAAGAGGAUGCAUGUUGAACUGUGUUAAUUUUGCGUGAUGCGAACUCAGAGCUGCAUUUCAUUUUUGAUUCAGAGAUAAAACAAAUAAAUAUUUUUCGUGACUUAAUUAAGCGUCUUCAUACAUUAGAGCAGUUCGAUUACUUAAGUUCAGCAUAUCUAGUUUCUUAAUGGUAUACUUUGUGUUUAGUAGGACAAAAAUAUAUGUAGCUAUCUAUAGCUAGUCUGCAGUAAUGGCGGGUGGUAGUGGGGACUACUUAAUCUAGCUCAUUUCCCCGGGUUCCACUUCACUUUCGCUCUGAAAUUGUUUCGCUAUGAGCGGAGGAACAGAAAUGAAACGAGAAAAAGAAAUCAACUAAGAAGCUCGUUCACAUUUUCUGUUUCUCGGAGGCUAAGCGUCAUGCCGAUGUGAUAAAUGCAUUUGGGGUGUAAAUAUCUAUGAACGUGCAUUAUUAGUGCUUUUUUGCACAAUGUUAUACACCGAGCACUUUCUUACGCCGUAGCUGCAAAAGCGCACUGAUGGUGCGGUACCAUAAGACCAACUAGCAUAAAUUGUCGUUUGUUUCGAAAAAGAUUUCCUUAUACAUGCUUUACGAUACGUCUGUGGAUAAAAAAUAGCAAAAUUAUUAUUCUUUAAUAUUUGAUAUCAAACGGUCUUCCAAACUGUUAUUUUCACAGUUUUGUGUCAUAUUGACGACAAACUUCCAAUAUUUUUCAACCUUUCAUAAAAAAGAUUAAGAGAUGCAGUACAAUUUGGUCGCGGACAAACAGACGCGGAGCGUAACUCUUGAGAAGGUAUUGUAAGGCAGCGUUGUGCGCUUUGCCUAGAGUCAAUAAUCUUAUGCUGUUAAAACGCAAGACGAGACGUUACACGACAAGGAUUGCCACGACGCCUUGCACUUGGCUUGUUUAGACAUCAGCUGCAGGCCUGAAGACCUGCUGCAAACCAUAUGAGAAUAAUGGCGGCUGAGCUGAGCCUAAUGCCACUUCCUCCUCUCUUCAAGAGACUCAAGUCGGCGCUUUCCCUGCAAAUAUUCAGUUAUAAAGUGAUCGUAGGCUGCGGCCUGUGACAAACCAUAUUUUAACAUACAUACUAGUUACCCGCUGUAGAAGCGACCUUGUCUUUCAAAAUAAGGAACAAAACACUGAAAAAAGAAAGUACAAGUACACCCUUUAAGUGCGCAAACGUGAGACGAGAAGUGCACACCGUGUCCUACCAAGUGUUAGACGGAGUCGGACGCUUUGCGAGUUUACAUCCUGCACUUGUCACCAUGGUAGAAGCGGAAUCUCGCAAAUAUGAGACCGCGUAUGAGACUGCCUUUCAUUUCGUGAGACGGUGUAACUUCCUCCUUAAGAUUGGAAGGGUAAAGUAAAAGUGGUCGGUGUGUGUGUGUGUACUCGUACUGUUUAUUUUGCAGUGUAGUUGUUUUAGUUUUUGUGGGGCCCAAACCGGAUCGGGCAGGCGCACACAUUGUGCCGUCUCUAAAUGGGGAUCCCUUGUUGCAACUAUACCUGACACCUGACGUGCUUGUUCAAACUAGGCCACGUAUGGGCAACCACAAAAAAGACAACCUUGAAAUAAAAGGAUGAAAUAAAUAAAAUGCAUCCUACUCGUGCAUAAGCACGCAUUUUUAUCACUCGCUGAUCUAUUCCAUUGUUUUGUAUAAUUGAUCCUUAGAGAAGAAAUAUAUUACUGUCGUUGUAAAUUUUGAUCCUAAGUGUUACGUUUUUCUUGUUUUAAUGUGUACCUAUCGCUGAAAAUUAGUCUCCUUCGGUUUUGUAAGGUAAUUGAUAAUUAAAUAAUCCGUGAAAAUUUUCAAUAUUCAGAUGCGUAACGAAGUUCUUUAAGACUUUUAUAAUGCCUGCAUGUUAAUUAUGAACAAUGAGCUUGUGUCAAGUGAUGAACGGACCGAUGCUGUUGCGAUGGUAAAAAUGUCAAUGUAUGCGUUUAUGUCGAGUUAACCAUGUCUCACAUUUAAAAAGCUGCAUAUUUAAUUCGUUGGAUUAAUAUGCUUUCGGUAGACUUUUAAAUUAUUGAAAGCACCAAAUGUAUUCAUUAUGGACGGUCGACCCCGGCAUAUUUUCAAUUUGUGAAUGUACGUCUAAUUAUUUCAAUUUAGCACGGAGUGACCCAAAUUUUAUUGCACACUUAGUAUGUAGACUCUUACCAUUAUAAACUACGUCGCCAUGUUGCGUCUUAUUCCAUUGUGGUUCUAAGGAAAUAAAACUAUUGUAAAAUUGAAGGCAAAUAAACUUUACAAAAACGGC